UCUUUUGAACGGAUUGUGAGUCUGGAUCUCUGGAGUCGUGAGCAGAUCGCACAUCUGUAGCGUGCUCUAGCACACGGUGACGAUAAGCAUGGCAGCGAAAAGUAAUUUGAAAACACGUGAGAAAGCUGUUUUUGUUGCCCAACAACUUCAUUUUGCGAACACAUUGGCAGGAAAUGAUCCCACGCAUCGUGCUAGGGCUAUGAAGAAAUUGCGUAAAUAUUUUAUUGCACGAGCAAAUGGAAACUUCAGUUUUACUCACGACGAUUUUAUGCGAAUAUGGAAAGGCUUGUUUUAUUGCAUGUGGAUGUCGGAUAAACCUUUAAUACAGGAGGAGUUAGCAGAAGAGAUCAGUCAGCUGGUACAUUGCUUCCAGCAUGUGGAUACAGCAUUGACAUUUGUCCAAGCAUUUUUUGAUACUCUUCUAGUAGAGUGGUUUGGAAUAGAUUAUCACCGGCUUGAUAAAUUUCAAAUGCCAUUUAUGACACAUUUAGCUGGACAAAAUGAUUCUCGCUUGCUAGAUGUCAUUCGUGACAGGGUUUUCUACUGUCUUAUUAGGCAAAGUCCAGAAGGAUUGGAAUACGAAGAAAAAUUUGAAGCGUGGAAGCGAGCUGGGUUUCCUGGAACAAGUUGGAAAGAUAUGGUUUUUGUGGGAAAAGAAGAUAAACGUUCUGGUGUAAAGAUCAAAGAUCUAGAUCCACGAGCUGGCAAAGUAAAUGUUUAUCUCCCACAUUUACAAUUUAAUGCUGAAUCUGUGGCAGACGCUUUACGAGAAUCUUCAAAAACUACUUUAAAUAAGAAGACCAAGAAAUAUAUAAAUAAUAUUGCGCACAAAUUUCAACAGCUGGCAGAAGGUAGAUAUCCUUUGGCAUUAAACCUUUCGAAAUCUCUAUUGGAUUCAAAUAAAUACAGAUUUUCUAAGCAAAAAAUUGAUGAUGCUGUGGAGAAUUUAUUGAAUUUUGAGGAAAAGUUAAAAAAAGAGGACAAAGAUAUGAAAAACAAUGGUAAGAGAAAGAAAAAUGCUUCCAAGUCAACCAAAUCGAAGAAAAUUAAAUUAGAAAACAGUUGUGCAGUUGAGGUAGAUGAUACCAGAGAAGAUAGUGAUAAUUCUGAAAAUGAAAUCUCAUCUGACGAUGAGGAUCAAGAAGAGUGCAUUUAUUCUUCUGACAUUCCUCCUGCUCUGGACAUUCAGACAGAAGAGUCUGAUCUUGGAGUACUUCAAAAUAGUGAAGCAGGCAACAAUGAAAACAUUAUUAGUGCCACUGAUGCAAAAGAACAAACUAAUUACGAAAUAGAUGAUAAAGGCACACAUGAUAGUGAAGCUGAGAAUUCAUUUUUAACCAAAAUUACAAAGAAAGAUAAAAAGAUGAAUAAUGUUUCUUCUUGGAAUGUAAGUGAAUCUUCAAGUCUUCAUGAGAAGUCUGCUGGGAUAUUCCAAGAAAAUAAAGAUAGUGAAAAAGAUAAUAUUCUGGAGGAUGUCUUGAAUGGGGAAAUACAAACAAAGAUGAAAAAACCUUCUUUUGAGGUACCCGCGUUAGAAAAUGAAUUACAGGAUACUAAUGUUGUUGAAGCAGUUGAAGAGACAAAUGUGUCAGUAAAUGUAUUACCAGAAGAUAUGGAACCUCAAGAUACCUUUGACAACGGAGAAGCUAAUGAUUUGCAAGAGGGAGACGAGAAUGAAUCAAAAGACGCCUGUGAAGAAGAAACAGAUGAUCAAGCAAAGGAAAUUGUAACUCCCGUACGGAGAUCCACAAGGAGAAGAUCUAACAUGGCUACUACACCUAAUAAAGUUAAUCAGGAAGAAGGUGAAAUUACAAGUGAAUGCAAGUUGUCUAAUGAAAAUGAACAAACUCCAUUCCCUAAGAGGAAGUCAUUGACACCUCGUUCCAUGAUUCGAGCAAAAAGAAGAAUAAGUACGGUUCCUGACCGUGAAAUUCUUAAUGAGCAAGAAACUAGUGUAUCAUCGGAUUCAGUAAAUGACAUUACAACAAAUGUACCUGACAGCACUGGCCCCAUUCCAAUAAAUGAAAAUUUUAGUGGGGUUUUGAGGAAUAAUGACAUGUUGAAUAAACAAGGACAAUCACCUUCACGAAAAGUUUUCCAAACACCUGGAAAGAAGAGAGUUAGUUUAAAUUCUACACCUGCCUCAACCAAAAAAGUAAACAUUGCACUUCAGAUGAAUAAAUCACAAGCGGUUUCAGAGUACACUGCUGCAUUGAAGUUGAGUCCUUCAAUCCCAUUUGAUGCCAACAAAAUGCCUUGCAAAGGAGUAUUGAAGAGAACAUCGAUGAGAAGUCCCAUUAACCCGUUUUAUAUUGAAGAAUUGAUAUUAUUUUGUUUUCUUUUGGAACAUGUUUUACCUGAUAAUGCAACUGCAAACAUUUCAGUCUUUUGUGCAUUUAAUAUUUUAUUGUUUUUUGAUAUUACUUUGCCAAGGGGUAUUAUGUUGCUGAUAGCGCACACAGAGGCUGCGCGAUGCAACUGUAAUUGCACUCUUAAUUACAUUCCACUCUGUGCAGUUGAUUCAACUGGUGAUGAAGACACGUUUCCUAAUCAGUGUGCAUUGGAAUGUUACAAUUGUACACAUAAUAAAGAUUAUGUAGUUCGCAGGCAAGGAGAAUGUUCUCACACAACAACUGCACGUCCCCGAACAAGACCAAUCUCUCGUACAGCAUGAAGAAGAGUAGGAAAUGUUUAGGCAUAAAUAUUGCCAUUCUUUAAAAUGUAUUGCUACAAAUAAUUGUAGGCUUCUAAAACAUGUAAACAUUAAUUUGAACAAUUAGUUAUAUAUGUUUUGAGGAAAUGUUCAAAAUAUCUAGUUUUGAAGGUAAAGAAUGUUAUUAUUGAUUUGGGUUAAAAAUAUAAACUUCUAUCUUACCAAGCUGUGAUAUUUGACAUAUAAAAAGUAAAUAUUUUAAUAUACAAUUUGUCUUUCUUAUUGUUACUCUCUUGUUACUUUUGUAAUAAAGGUGUAGAAAUUUCCAUAUGAAUAAACUUUUCCUAUAGAUACUUGUUUGUUUUUCACCUAUUUUUGAUUCAUCGAAUAUCUGAAGCAAAAGGUAAUUAUUUCCAGAAGAAACCUUUUCUUAAGAACUUGUGUUAUGUUACCGAAAACACAUUCUUCAUAAUCAAAUAAGAAUGACCAAUGCAAUCUAAAGCUAGCAGCAUCCAAACAAGACAACACUACGAAACAGUUUGCAAAAUUCAAGGUUAAUUUUAGGCUAAUUAAAUGCAUACAUUUAAUUAGUUCUCAAUUAUUUUCCAAUUUUAGACCCUUUUUAUUUCAGCUCGUGGGUCCUCCACUCACAAUACAACUUGGUAUUAAUCCAGGGAGUAUAUAUUAAUUAAUCAAAGCAAACAAUUAAGUAUUCAAAAUUAGAGGCUAUAAAAUUCAUUUUAGACUAGAAAACAAAACAAAAACAACCAAAUCAUCGUUUUCUAUUCAGGGUUGAACAAAUAUAAUACGAUAACAUGCAUUUUGAAAGACUAACAUAAACUUAUUUAAACUAUGUUGCUACAGAAUGGAACAGACUUCUCUUUCUAUUUACUUUCGUUCGAUUUCGAAAUGUUUGUGUCUUCGUUGUAAAACACGCUGUGAGUAGCUUCGUUGUCGACAUCCGCGAGGUGGUUUAGUGCGGCUGACCUGUAGUGUGGGCGUGGCUCACAACGCUGAAGCGGCAAAGCUCGCAACAUAAUGGUAGAAGGACGUUUUGGAGGCCUCCUUCUCGAAGCCUGAGCACCACGUUUUGUUAUAGUAGCGUUGCUUCUGUGCACACAAGUAGAGUGAAGUGGUAUGGAACCUUUGGUAAAAAAUGUUGUUUGCAAGCAAUUCUAGACCUGAAUUUAUUCAGUAUUUGUAAAUGAUCACCACGACGAAAUCAUGAACAAAGUUACCUUGUAUUGAUUUUAACAUUGUACUCUCUCCAUUAUAAUUUCUGUAUAACAGAUAAUUUUGUAUUAUCGUGUAAAGAAAACUGUCUAGAAUAGAAGUUCUGUUAAUUCUGUCUUGAAUAAUGUGUAGUCGUACUUUUCUCUUGUUCAUUAGUACUACAGUGACUCAUUGUAAAUCUUAGCUAUUUUAACUGCACAUUCUUUGUUGAAUCUGUACAAUAAGAAUAUUUGCAUUAUUGCUAAUAGCUUAAUUUUUUGUUGUUUGUAAAGAGUCAUAUUUCUUUCCUGUCAAUUCUUGUUAAGUUUGUAUUAAUUCUGUUUCAAGGAGAUGUUUGCUACUUCUUUUAAUUGAACAGUUUUAUAAUAAACUAUCACAGUUCUAUUUGGAUUGGUUGUUUGUUAGAAUGCUAAGUUUACUGUUACCAAAGAGUUAAUACAGGGUGAUUUGCUCAUAUACGACCCAGUGAUAGAGUACACUAAGUUAUUCAUGAUUGCAAAAGAGAAUAGUGUAAACCCUGUUAAAAAUUUUGAAAAAACUUUUUUUUU